CUCUUUCAUAAUCUGAAAACCGAGAAUCUGUACGUCAUUUUCUUCGAAAAUUUAUUCAAAAAACCAUCUGUGAUCUUUGUAUUUUAAAACGGAUAGUAGUCUCAUGAAUAACUCACUCGAAUCAAAUCGUCGCUGAACUGUCAAAUUGGAUAAUAUUAAAAACAGAAAUUCAACUUAAUGUUCAAUUAAUUUUUUCUAGUUUGUGGAGAGCAUCAUCGUCGUCUAUUACGUAAUAUAUUUAAAGAACGUCAAUAUCUUAUGCAUGAUCGUCCAGUAGAAAACGACAAUGAUACCGUAAAUGUGACAAUAAACUUAGCUCUACAACAAAUCAUUGAUUUGACAUGGAACGCUUAUAACUUAAAAUGGAUACCAGAAGAAUAUGGUAAUAUAACAACAAUUAAUUUACCGAGCACAAGAAUUUGGACACCCGAUAUCUUACUGUACAACAGUGCGGAUGAUAAUUUUGAUGCAACAUUAAAAACGAAUUUAAUUGUUCAACAUACGGGAAAAAUUCUCUUUGUUCCUCCCGGACUAUUUAAAGCCACAUGUUCUGUAGAUAUUACACAUUUCCCAUUUGGUUUAAAUUUAACACCUGAAAAUAAUCGUGGUCAAUUAGAUGCUUAUAUGGAAAAUGCUGAAUGGCAUUUGAUUGGUUUUUAUGCUGUUCGAAAAGCAACAAAAUACGACUGUUGUCAAGAAAAAUUUCCCUAUGUAUUAUUUACAAUUGAAAUUCGUCGUCGAACACUCUAUUAUAUUAUUAAUAUUGUUGUACCAUGUAUUAUGCUAUCAUUUAUGACAAUACUUGGAUUUAUGCUACCACCAGAUUCAGGAGAAACUUUAACUUUACGUUAG